AUGCUGCAUUCCGGGACGCCUAGCACCUCUCCUCGGGAGGGGCUCGCUGCUGGCCACGCGGGAACGGCUGCUGAUCAGACUUUUCAAAUAAAGACGUUCAGCACAGAGUUGAAAAACCAUGUGAUGGUCAUGGAUUUGGUGAAGAGUAACUGGUUUCCCUCCCAGAGAAGGGCCAAAGUUUGUAUCAUCCACUUGUGUCAAGGCCUGAAGACGGCAGAGCAGCCAGCCAGCAGAUAUGAGAUCCACAGCCGGGUUUUCUCAUCCCCUAAAGAUCAAUCUUCCCGGGAAAGAGGUGAAAGUCUUCUGAACGCAGGACCAAGGGACAACCACUGCAGUCCUAACAAUCCAAUUGCCCUUCGGAAUCUCCAAUCAGAUGUUCUGGAGAGGAAACCGGACUUCCCCAAGGAGGCUCUGACAUCGCAAAACUCAAGAAUGAUUUCAUCCAUAGUAAUUUCGCAGCUGAUUGAUGAGAAUAAACCCAGAGAACCCGGGGCCGCCUUACCCCUGCCAUGUGCGAUGGCCCAACCUCGAGCAUGUCCCACCAAGCCAGCGUCCACGAACCGCAGCAGAGUCAGCAUCCACAGGGCCUUGGCGUUACUGCCCGGCAAGCUGGGGGUCCAUAGACGGUCAGACGAGCGAGGAUCGGAAGCUGAACGGCUGCCCACUGCCGACCCAGGCCUCCGCAAGGGGUUCGCGUCCAUCACCAUCACCGCCCGGCGUGUUCGCCCCGCAGCCAGUGCCCUGGUGUGGGGCACUGUUGGGGAGUCGCCGUGUCCCAGGUGCAGGGCCGAGGAUGCUCUGCUCGGGGUCCCAUCGGCGGUGCCUGACGGUGCCCAGCCACAUCAGCACCACGGACCUUUUGACUGCGCAGAGUGCCCCAGAAACGGCUCGGUGAUGAGGCUGAAGGUUCCCGAGGCCCGUGCCGGGCUGUGUGCGGGAAAYGAGUACUGGGUCACCCAGGUAGACCACCAAGAGAGCGGGUUUUCUGCCGACCCUCCGCCAUCGGGAAAGACCCCCGUGGCAUUCAGUUCCUGUGUCCACCUCCAGAUGUCUCGGCAGUGUCAGAAUUCCAUCUACUACCUGGACAAGUCUCUGUCUGUCCCUGUUGGGCAACCUCAAAUUGCAAGCCCCAAAGUGCACAGAUCCGUCCUGUCACUCAACCUCAGUUGUAGUUCCCACGGGUUAACAGCAGAUGGAGUAGACGGCCCAGCUAACGCAGAGCCAAUGAGCAGCGGCCUGAGGCAGGAGCUCGCAGAGGGAAACCCGAACCUCCAAAGCCCACACUGGAGCCCAGCUUUACAAGAAAGUCACUCCAAGGAAAAUCUAUCGUUGGGGCGGGUGCACCUGGGGACUGGCGCAUGUCCUUGGAGUAGCUCUCCUCUCUCGGAAAAUAUAGAACUUGCAGAUGUUGGGACUAACCUGGACACUGUGAGAAAAGGGAAAGAGGACCACGCGGCGCCUGGCACCAGCAGUCACRCGGAGCAACUGGCCAUUCACAUUCCUGGCUGGAGUUACAAGGCAGUAGAAACAAAAGUAUAUUCUGGAAGCACCAAGGAGCAGCACGGAGCAGCGUGUGUGUCAUUGUCUGCUCCCCCCGAGGAACAGAAGCCCAUUAAACCUUUCCCUCCCGAUGGGGACAGGCCACCAAGCRAUGACUGUGAGUCUAGCGACCUUUUUGAGCCCAGAGAGAGACAACAUCCAAGCCUCCUGAGUCCCAAAGUCCCCAUGCCUGGGUUUCUGUGCCCCUUGCAAGAGGCAAGGCCGACUCUGCAGGAAGACAWUGGUGCUCAGAUAGAAAGAGGGCUUCCCGAAGGAGAUUACAYGUGCUGUGACCUGGUUGUAAAAAUAAAAGAAUGUAAGAAGAGUGAGGACCCCACUGUGCCCGAGCCCUCACCAGCGCCACCCUCACCAGCAGCACCCCAAGGAGCAGAGACCCUGGACCUGUCACAAGAGGGUUCUGAGCUUGAGCAAACGCCUGCCAACUCCUUGACCUUGCAGGAAGCACUGGAGGCCCACAGGCCUCAGUUCAUCUCUCGCUCUCAAGAGCGGCUGAGAAAGCUGGAGCGCAGGGUGCAGCAGAGGAAGGCCCAGCAGACGGAGCACCCAGAGCAGAAGCAGAGCCGGCUCCCYGUGCGCGCCAACAAGAAGCAGUUCACCGUGCCCCAUCCUCUCAGUGAUAACUUGUUCAAACCCAAAGAAAGGUGCAUUUCAGAGAAGGAGAUGCAUAUGAGAUCUAAAAGAAUCUAUAAUAAUUUGCCAGAAGUUAAAAAGAAGAAAGAAGAGCAAAAGAAAAGGGUUAUCUUACAGAGCAACAGACUCCGAGCUGAAGUCUUCAAAAAGCAAUUACUGGACCAGCUCCUUCAAAGGAACGCAGUCUGACCUGGGCUGCCCUGCUGACCACAACCUGGACCUGGGAAGACUUCAAAC